AUGAAGACCUCCCUCAUUGCCCUCGUCACCUCCCUCGCCGGCGCGGCCUUCGCCGCCCCCUCCGCUCAGCCCGUGGAGCGCCAAUCAACCCACUACCCCUACAGCAUCGACACGCUCUGGCUCCGUCGCUACACAGACAACACCUUCCGCAUAAACUUCAGCCUCACACACCGCACCGACAGCGGCGAAGCCCUCUCGUCCACAACUUGCACAACAACCUGGAACCCGUCGGUGCCCGCGGGCCCUGAGAACCCCGUGGCAUGCGCGGAUCCGACCUACACGUUCUGGUUCCCGAGUGGAAUCUUGAGUCUGCUUGAUUAUGAGAUUGCCACGAAGGGGCCGGAUGGGGUAGCCUCUGCGGAGAUUGUCGAGGGGCCCAAGUAUGCUUGUGGUGGGUAUGAGGGGGAUCUUGAGGGGAUUAUCUACGAGUGUCGGACUACGAAUGGGGGGGCGUUCUACUUGGCGCUCGAGUAA